AUGAAGUACACGGCUUCUGUUUUUCUCGUGUCCGCGGGCUGGGCUACGGCCCUCACCCAGCAAUGCAGCGGGACUGCAACCAACGAAGGAGGAAACUGGUUUUGCGGUGCCGUCAACCAGAUUCUUUAUCAGGGCAUCAAGGGCAGCGGCACCUUCAAGGCUGUUACCAACAUGGGAGCCUCUGGCGCGUGCCAGACGGAGGAUAAGGCUUACAGUGGUCCUCUGGCGCCUCUUGACGAAGGUCUCUCUCUGCAAUUCCGUGGGCCCCUUUGGCUCAAGGAAUUUGCUGUCCUCAAUCCGGCCACCAAGUCUAAGCGCACCGCUGGAGAGAAUGUCGAGGCGCCUCGCCAGAGUGAUGUCCGCGGCCGUAGCCAUAGCCACAACCACAAACGUCUUCACCGUUCUCACCGCAACAAGAAAAGAGAGGACAUUGUCCAUGCCACUAUCGACGGCAAACUCGUGUCUUGGGUCAACGACUACCAUCCUGACGCUGCUCCGGCUGCCCCCGCUGCUGCAAAUUCCGUUCCUAUUGUCCAAGUAGGCGUCGGUUCCGGUGCCGCUUCUGCCCCUGCUUCCUCGUCGUCCACAAGCUCCGACUCUCCCAAACCCGAUGGGAAGCCUGCUCCCUCAGGCUCUGACUGGGACCGUGUUGCUUAUUACAAUGCCGAGGAGAAAAUUGCCGAGAAUAUGGUCUUUAUGGGCAAUUACGGUGGUCAGGGUUCCGGUGAAUUCAACACUGUUUGGGGCUCCUCCCUCGCAUACCUCAACGCCCAGGGUGACGGCGGCUCUUCGUCACCACAGAUUCUCAAAGACGGUCUGAUCCCUUCUAACAAGGAAUUUGCCAUUUUCUCAGCCGAGAAAUGUGACGAAACUUGCGGUUACAGCCGGGUCAGCGAUAUCGCUUACAAGGGCUUUUCCGGCGCCAACAAGGUCUUCCUGUUUCGCUUCAAGAUGCCCAUGGACGGAAACCGCGGCUUCAACGGCGACAUGCCUGCCUUAUGGGCCCUCAACUCGCGCAUUCCUCGUACCGCCCAGUACAACGCCUGCUCGUGCUGGCCCGCCUGCGGCGAAGCCGACUUCUUCGAGGUUCUUGCUUCGGGCGACACAAAGUGCAAGAGCACCUUCCAUCUGGCCAACGGCGGAGGAUCCUCCGACUACUUUGAUAGGCCCGUGGACAAGUUCAUCAAGGCGGCCGUCGUGUUCCACGAGGCCACGGCCAGCGUCUCGAUUAAGAUUCUCCCCGAUGACACGGACCUCUCCGCCAAGGGUUUCGAUGAUGCUACCGUCAUGAAGUGGGUGUCUCAGCCUACCGAUGCUUCUGGCCUCAAGCUCAGCAGUCUGUUCCAGAUUUUGAGCUAG